UUCUAUCCGACAGGGUUCGGAGGUGCCACAGAACUAAAUGAAAGGAGGAUUGUUCUAGUCGGGAAGACUGGAGUGGGAAAGAGCGCAGCAGGAAACACCAUCCUGGGGAGAGAAGCGUUUGAGUCUGAGCUGUCUCCGUCUUCCAUGACGUCUGAAUGCCAGAAAGCUAAGGGGAAUGUCGGCGGUCGAAAGGUCGCCAUCAUUGACACUCCGGGGCUGUUUGACACUAAUUUCACCCAAGAAGAAGUGUUGAAGAGGAUCAAGAUGUGCAUCUCUCUGUCUGCUCCUGGUCCUCACGCCUUCCUGGUGGUUCUCCAGCUGGGCAGGUUCACCCAGGAGGAGAAGGAAACCGUCCAGAUGAUUCAGACCACUUUUGGUGAAGAUGCAGCUAAAUACACAAUGGUGUUGUUCACCCAUGGAGACCAGCUAAAGAAGCAAAGCAUUGAGGGCUAUAUUUCAGAGAGUCCUGAACUGCAAGCCAUCAUUCAGAAGUGCUACCAUCGAUACCAUGUCCUUAACAAUGAAAUCAAAGACCCUAAACAAACCAGUAAGCUUCUGGACAAAAUUGACAAGAUGUCUAUGGCCAACGGUGGAAGCUACUACACCAAUCAAAUGUUCAUUAGAGCAGAGGCAGCCAUAGAAAAGGAGAAAAUGCGACUCCUGACGGAGUUAAAAGCAAAGAGGCAGAAAGAACUGGACAAACUGAGAGCCAAAUAUGUGGAAGAGGUCUACCGUAAGGAGGAGAACAGGGUGAAUAUAAGAUACGAGUAUGAAGCCAGAGCUCAAGCUGAAAGAUCAAAAGACUUCAUAUCUGCUCCGGUAAUUGCUAUAGCAACAACCUGUGGUGCUGCUGUCGGAGGUCUGCUUGGAGCUGCAGGAGGUCCAAUCGGUAUAGUAGUUGGAGUCGCAGCUGGAGCAGCUGUUGGAGCCACAUCAGUGAAAGUUUCAGAGCAUUGCCAUGUGCAAUAAGGACUGUAGAUCACACAGUUAAAUAAUGAUGUUUAUAUAUGAUUAUUUUCUAGGAUAAAUCUAGCCCUCUAGUCUUGUGUAAUCUUGUUGCGCAUAUGCGCAAUUUGCAUUAAAGAUAACUCUCGUAAUCACUUUUUGUUGAUAACUGAAAUAUUUUGUACCUGAAAUAGGAGUUAAUUGACUUGUAUUAUGCCGCACAUUGAAAGGUAUCUUGACUGUAGGCUAUUAUAUUUGUGUAACAUAAUUCAAAUUAGUAAUGUACUUACCAUGAUGGAUUGUGACUGAAUGAUAUGCAGCAUCUAAAUAAAUAGUGGUAAACUGUAUAUGCUAUAUGCUAUUUGAGGGAGGAUCCUAUGCACCUUAAUAGCAAAAUGACCAAAAUAUAUGCUCCUUGUUAACCUGCCAUCUCCCAGGGUAUAGGGGUUGUUUAGGUAAAUACGUUAGUCUAGUCUAUUAGCUGAAUGAGAUUUGUGCAAGUUCAGUCUAUGGCCCCGACCAUGGCUCUGAAAUAUCAUCAGACUAAAGGCCUUUGCACACCAAGUCUGUAUUUUUCAAAACUUUCUUCCGUUUUCGGGACAGGUUUGAUUUUCUGCGGGGUUUUUUUCGCAUCCGGGGAUCGGGGAUGGUAAGUUCUGAUUGCAAAACAAAGGAUGUACGAAAGAUUAGACAGCAAAAUGAGGCAAAUUUCAAGUGAUCAGGUAACGAGUUCCAGGACUUUGGUCCUGUAAAAGAAUAAGUUGUUUAGCAGAAAGAUACCUACAAAUGACCUUUGACUUUUAACAGAAUACAACCCUGGCCACCUAAAUGUGGGAGGAACACAAAAUCGACCUCACGCGAAUUUUCGUAACUAAUAGAAUUAAAAAAUGAAAAAUACGGACCUGAGGUGCAAUGGCCUUAACUGUAUUCUGUAUUGAUAAAUCUGUGGAACUGUCCAAGGUGCUGAAGUAGCAGGCGGAGGGGGAGGGGCAGUUUCUUCUUCUAUGUAUAGAUAUAUAGGAGUAAUGGAGUCAUGAGAGAAUUAAGUCACACUCCCUCUCUGUGUGUUGUUAUCCGAGCUUCUCUGCUUUGGUUUUGAUAGGUCGCGAGUGCAUAUGGCAUAUGGCCGUGAAAAAAAUUAGGUAUUUUACGUAAUGGGGAACGGUCUGUGACAGCCGUGUGGAGGAUAUUUGGAGUACAGCCCCUUAAAACUACAAAACUACAUUUUAUGCUUACUGUGCUUUUAUUGUCAGCUUUGAAUUGAAUGGUUUUUUUUGUCUGCUGUAGAAAUAUUUCUAUAUUCUAGAUGUGUUAUUCUCAUUAUUAUAGUGUAUCCCCUGUAUAAUGUAUAGACUUGGGAACACAGUUAGAUUAGCUCAAGCUCUGAUUACCAUAUAAAUUCAGGAAUCUGAGUGUGUAUAAGACUCAUGACACACAGAAAGUUAGCAUAAGAUUUGAGUACCAUAUAAGUCCAGGAAUUUGAGUGUAUGCAUUACUGUACCAUACGAUGAAGUGGAACGGGGAAAGAGAUGGAGCAUCUGCCCGGAAGACAGGAGGGAGAGAG